AUGGGGAAACUGAUCUACUUAUUACUCAUGAUGGACAGUGCUCCUCUGAAUUUGAAAAUUUUGUGUGCUGCUGCAGUUGAUGUCCCACCAACGAGCUUUGGAGCUGUUUACAAAGCCCUCAACGCCAGCACAGGACAAGAGGUGGCCAUCAAGAAAAUGAGCCUGCAAGAGGAGAUGUCCGAGGAGGUGGCUGUCAAUGAAAUCCUGGUCAUGCGGGACAACAGGAAUCCCAACAUCGUGACCUACUUAGACAGCUACCUGGUGGAUGCGGAGGUCUGGCUGGCAAUGGAGUUCAUGGACGGCGGCACCUUGUUUGACGUUCUCACGGCAGUGUACCUGGAGGAAGGACAGAUAGGCGCUGUCUGUCGGGAGUGCCUGCAAGGACUGCAUUUCCUUCAUUCCCGCCAAGUCAUCCACAGAGACGUCAAAAGCGGCAACGUGCUCGUGGGCAUGGACAGCUCUGUGAAACUGGCUGACUUUGGCCUCUGCGCUCAGCUCAGCCCUGAGCGCAGCAAGUGCAGCUCCAGGGUCGGCACUCCCAGCUGGAUGGCACCGGAAGUGGUGAGAGGAGAAGCGUACGGCCCCAAAGUGGACAUCUGGUCCCUGGGGAUCAUGGGGCUGGAAAUGGUGGAAGGGGAAGCUCCUUACGAGAGGGAACGCCGUCUCAGGGUUUUUGAACUGAUAGAAAGGAACGGGCCCCCAAAACUGCAAAACCCCAGGCACCACUCGGCUCUCCUGCGCGACUUCCUCCGCUGCUGCCUGCAGGCAGACGAGGACAGGCGCUGGUCUGCCCAGGAACUCCUGCAGCAUCCGUUUGUGACCUCAGGCGAGCCUGCCUCCAGCCUGGCUGCUCUGAUCAUCUCAGCCAAGCAAGUGCAGGAAGACUGCAGAGGAGAGGCUUGUGCCUGA